GCAUGUCACGCAUACUCCGGAGAUAAAUCAGAAACUUAUCCCUAUUCUCACACAUGUCUGCCAAUAGGAAAUUUCCCCGUCCUGCCUCUCCGCACGCGAACCCGUGGCCCCGCAUACACCCUUCCGGCACUCCCUCCCGGCACCCCGGAGUCAAACAUUGACCCGGACAGCGAAUCAUACGACUGCCUCGAUGAAAUUCUCUCCCUAUACCGUGCAAAUACCUUCUUCCGAAAUUUUGAAAUCAAGGGCCCCGCGGAUCGCAUGCUGAUAUAUGGCAUCCUGUUUGUCAGCGAAUGCCUUACCAAAGUUAAACCGGGCAUGCCUGCCAGAGAAGCGGAAAAGGCCUUUGAACCACCUCGCGAUCGCCAGGAUGCAGAGGCUUUAAGACAAUACAUCUCUCAGGUUCGACAAGAACUCGCCAUUCGAUUACAUUCUCGCUUAUACCCCGAAGGAGUUGGUCCGUCAAAGUGGUGGCUCGCUUUUGCCAAGCGAAAGUUUAUGGGCAAGCAGCUAUGA